AUGUUUCGCUGCUGUAGUGUCGAAGACCUUUUGUAUCUAUUGAUACUAUUCGUUUCUCUGACAAAGGGGGAGUCAUUUUCCGACGACGCUUUCGACCUGCUCGACGGAGAUUUGGAUUUGUGGCACGAACGAGGAAGCCGAGUGGCCAUACGGGAGGAUGCACCUACUUGCGAGAGACAAAGUUUUUAUAUCUGUGAGGAGCCGUUAAAUGGAGUUCCUCCAGAAGCACAUAAGACUUGUAACUACAGGAAUGUAGACUAUCACGAGCAGGUCUUCCGCUGGGUUGCUGGUAGAGGCUGUAUCAUCUACACUCCGAGCUUCCUUUUUGUGGGUGGUGCCAAUGCAAUGAACACUUCACAGUGUUUCUAUCGCAAUUAUCGAGUUCGUUGCUUAGAAAUUCCUAAAGAAGAUGGUACUUGUGGAUGUUAUCCUUUCGACCCCAGUUUUGCAGAAGUCGCAAAUAUAAUACGAGAGGCUAUUAUACCAUCAGCUCAUGGGCGUUGGGAAAGAUGCUUCUACGCAGCCCAAGAUUGUUGCAGUCACUACAUGCUCGAGGAUACUAAUUCUAUUGAUAAAAACGAAUGUGGCGUUACCUUUGACGGUUGGACGUGCUGGAUGACUGCAGAAGCUGGUACCGUUUCUAACGCAGUAUGUUCGGAAUUUGCCUAUUCGAAUACAGGGCCAUCUUGUAACCACUUCAGCAGCAAGGAAUGCUAUCAAAACGGAACAUGGGAAGUCGAAUCGGUAUACACUACUUGCAGUGUCACGCCUCGUUUAGUGCAACGAUACAGGUUUCAUAUCGCCAUGCUGUCCAUUUCCGUCGCGUCUUGCCUUCCUGCGGUCUUCAUAUUCUUCUUCUACAAACGUUUACGAAUCACAAGAGUUGCGCUUCACAGAAAUCUACUGAUUGCGAUUAUUUUGAGGAACACAUUCGUCAUAAUCAGUAGAAAUGAGAUUUACUUAGAUGAACUGCAAAAUACAGGAGACACCGUGAUGACUAUUCACGGACUGGCUUGUCGUUUCCUUGCAAUCGGUGAGCGAGUUGCGGGCAACGCUGUUUUCGUUUGCAUGCUGGUUGAAGGCAUAUACCUACACCGUCUCAUAGUAGCUGUCUUCAAACAGAAACUUAACAUUAAAUCGCUUUACGCGAUUGGGGCGGUGAUUGCAGUAGCUCCAGUAAUAGCAUGGGUAGCAGUGAUGGCGGUUCACAAUGAUCAUUCCUGCUGGCUUGUCUACACCAUUGAGCAUGUGCAAUGGAUACUUGAUGUUCCUAGAGUUGCCAUACUGCUAGUGAACACAGUACUCUUUGGAGAUAUCCUGAGAGUUCUAUUGACGAAAAUCAGGAAUAACGAAAACUCUCAUCAGUUGAGUACAACAAAAGCAACGUUAUUCUUGAUGCCAUUGUUCGGUACCCAGUUUUUACUCACAGCGUUCAGGCCGAACACAACAGAUUGUACUGGAGAACAAAUCUAUUAUUAUGUGUCAUACACGGUCGAGGGGCUUCAAGGAUUCAUCGUCGCAAUACUUUACUGUUAUAUAAACAAAGAGGUUCGAAGUCUAAUCAAAGCUACUUACAAGAAAACUGAAAGUGCCGUAGUUUCCCGUAUUCGACGAGAUUCAACCCAUCCAAGUAUGAGCGUUGACCCUAGUUCCGGUAGAAGAAUGACGUACAGCACCGGUAUACCAAGCCAAGGGGACAUCAUAAAAGAACAAUACGCAGUUGUGGCACCAAAACUGCACGUCGCUGAAAUAAUAUCUAUACAACCUAGUGAAAGAUUGGUCGAAAUCAUAGAACCGGUCUAUGAAACUAUUAGUAACAGCGUAAAUAAUGAUAGCUACGAUGCGUUGGAUAGAUCAGACAAUGAUCCAAAGGGUCGCUCUAAAAUUGAUGAUUAUUACAAUUUUACCAACGCCUCGAGUAUCACUAUCGAUUGUCCAGAAUGGAUUCGAUGCGUUUCGUCUCCAAAUAGCAGCAUUUAUAACAAUUCGUUUAAUGAUAAUGAAAACAAAUAUCUUGCUAGUCACAUUCCGGAUAUUCCUGAAUCGUGUAAUGAAAUGAAACAUUCAAAAAAUGAACAGGCAGAGAAGAAUAAUUUACCGAAACACGAUAUCGGUGAAAAUAAUGAAGAUUUCGAAGAUUAUGACGCUGACUUUGAGACAAAAACAAGCGCAGAUGACAGCGGAAACAUGUUGGAAGAAAUAAUGCAGUGCAUUGAAAAUAAAAACGACCUAAGUAUACCUAAUUUAGACCCGGAACGUCUGUGUCCAAAUAGAAACGGCGAAGAUAAGAUUAUAUUUUUAAAUGAGUAA